CUCGCCUUCCUAUUUUCUCUCUCUUUCGCUCUCUCUCUCUCUCUCUCUCUCUCAUUUCGGCGAUUCAAGAGCUUCUUUGCUUUCCAUCGUUCAACUUCAUGGAACCGGUGCUUGAAACAGGAGGUGGUCUUAGAUAUGAAGAGGAGCAUAUAGUGAAUUCUCGCGGAUUGAAGCUCUUCACAUGUAGAUGGCUUCCGGCAAAUCAAGAACCGAAAGCCUUGAUUUUCAUAUGCCAUGGUUAUGCCAUGGAGUGCAGCAUCACCAUGAACAGUACGGCAACCCGGCUAGCGAAGGCGGGCUUUGCUGUUUAUGGAAUAGACUACGAAGGCCAUGGAAAAUCAGAAGGAUUGCAAGCCUUCGUCAACAACUUUGACGACGUCGUCGCGGACUGCUCUAAUCAUUUUACAAGCAUAUGUGAAAAGAAAGAGAACAAAACGAAGAUGAGAUAUUUGUUUGGUGAGUCCAUGGGUGGGGCAAUCGCUCUCCUAUUACACAGGAAGAGGCCUGACUACUGGGACGGUGCCGUCUUGGUUGCACCCAUGUGUAAGAUCGCAGAUGACCUAAGGCCACCUGAAUUGGUGAUACGUAUUUUGACAAAGCUUUGCAAAUUAAUUCCAACGUGGAGAGUUACACCAACCCAAGAUAUCGUUGACGUCGCCUUUAAAGUACCUGAGGUUAGACAACAGAUCAGAGCCAACCCAUAUUGCUAUAAAGGGCGGCUUCGCUUGAAAACAGCCUAUGAACUUAUGAGGGUCAGCACGGAGCUUGAGCAGAGACUUCAAGAGGUUUCGGUUCCAUUUAUAGUCCUCCAUGGUGAUGAUGAUAGAGUGACAGACAAAUCAGUGAGCAAACUACUUUAUGAUGUGGCAUCCAGCACAGACAAGACGUUCAAGUUGUAUCCAAACAUGUGGCACGGUCUACUCUAUGGAGAGACACCAGAAAACUCGGACAUUGUGUUUUCAGACAUCAUCAGUUGGUUGGAAGAGAGAUCGACCUUAGGAAAUUCAAGGUUGGAGAGGGAGCAAAAGCAUGAAAAUGACGAUUUCGGUUUAUCAAAAGACUAAACAAAUGCCAGAAAAUUACUAGGGCGGCUGGAUGGCAAUGAAAUGAACAAAUAGUCAAGAGAAGAAAAUUAAUCUGCAGUGAAAAAUGCAUUGAUUAUGAGAUUGAUAUGGUUGAGUUGGCUGGGCUGUGGGAAGUGGCUGCAGAACUAGAAUUGGCAGUGGAGGUGGAAGAGGAAUCCAUUUGAGAGAUGAAAAAGAAAGAAAGAAAGAAAAUAAUCUCUGUUUGUGUAUGUUCUGCCUUACCACUAUGAUGUUGAAGUGCUUUUGUAUAAUAAACGCAUCUGUUACAAUCGAUAAGUGCGAGAUCUAUCUUGUAUUUGAAAUGAAGGAGAUUAAUUAUUAUUUUUUACAAUAUAAUUUACAGUAUUUUGGACGUCA